UCAGAUUAGUUUAUGUAAAAUGAUACUUGUGUAUGUGUUAGAAAUAAUUGUUAUUUCUCAGAGAGUUUUAUCUGUUUCCACUGCAAGGAACAAAGAUGAUUUAGUUGACCUGCCGCCUGAUUUCUGCCAUCUUCCCCCUGAACUAGAUAGUCAAGGAACAUCUAAAUAUAUCCAGGACUGUGAGAGCCUGGGUAGAUUUGAUAUUCCUAUUCCGGCUCCUUUCGAACAGCAACAUGGUAUCCAUCCUGUGGUGUGCUGUCCAAGAAAUAUUGAUGAGAAAGAACCUGCAAUGUAUAAUAAAGAGCCUGUAUACAAUGAUGCAGAAGAUUCGGCUACAGAAGUUGAUAUAACAGUGGGAGCAUUAGAUGAGAGACAAAAUGAUUUUGGGAGUGACUAUGAAGAUAAUAAAUAUGAUGAGCAUACUGAAGUUCUCCUCAGUAACGUGGAGAGUAAUUGUAAAAAAGAUGCAAACUCAGCUUGUACGCCAUUUUCUAGAUGUAACCUAAUGGAAGAAUUAGAUCUAAACCCUGUAACUUUGGCCACAAGUUUUUGUAGUUUUGAUGAAGAAUCUGCGGAACUUAUGAUUUGCUGUCCAUUCAAAAAUAUUUUGGAAACAUCUAAACUUCCUCAGAAACCAAGGUUUCCAGUAAAUAAUAAACCCCGAAAAUGUGAGGAUCAGACGAACCUAUGCAGAAGAUGGAAAACUAAUGGAGCUUGUGCAUUGAACAAGAAAUUUGUAACAAGUGAGGUUAAACCACAUCAGAAUUUUGUGACGAAUGUAGACAUGUUUCAAUUUACUAUGAAAGGAUGUAUGGAAUCCUGCAAUCGUUGUGGCAGCAAGGGUUGUGUUGAUGAAUUUCCAUCAUGUCCCCAAUGGGCUAGACAAGGAUACUGUACUAAAAACUCCUUCCUAAUGGGUCAUUCUUGCAGAGAGAGUUGUGGAUCCUGUGGAUAUUUAUCAACAUUAAACACAGAGAAACAAGUUUAUAAAGGAAAAUCCUACUCUCGUAUUUCAGAUCCGGACUUUGAUUGUGGCAGUUUUAAAAGUUUGGAAUAUCUUGAGAACAUUGGUCUAGAUGUUUUUAAAGGGUUUGAUGAGGCACCGGAAGAGACCAAUGCUGAUUACAAAGAUAUUGUUCAAGGAGUUCAAGAUAAUUGUGAGGAAAGUGACACAGUAAAUGACGCUUCUAUGAGUAAUGCUAAUUCUAACACAUCCAUUUUUUGUUCAUCAUCAAUAAUAGCAGACAAAUGGAUGAUAACAGCUGCUCACUGCUGUGAUGAAAUUAAUCGCCCCCCUGAUGCAGAAAUACAAUCCCAGAUUCUUAGAACAGCAAUACAAAGCCUUACGGAAUUAGUUGAGGUAAAAAAUACUUAUAUCCAUCCAAGAUACAGAUACGGAGAACUACACGCAGACAUAGCUCUUUUAGAACUAGGACGUCGUGUAGAGUUUAAGCUAGAUGAGUUUGGAGAUACUCCAAUCUGUCUAGAUAAAGGUCUAGAUCUACCAGGAAAAGUUGCUAUUGCACAGGGGUUUGGAAUGGGUGAUAGGCUCCUAGAAAUAAAUGUGACAUUGAUGAACACUGAUGAGUGUAUCAAUCAGCUUGACACCUUCUUACAAACUCGCCAAAGAAAGAAAAAAGAAUUUUGUUCUACAAUGCCUCUUGGAAUAUCUGAUGAGCAAAUUUGUGCCAAUGGAAUUAAAAUGGAGGAUGGUAUUACAACAGCAACUUGUAAAGGAGAUGGUGGGGGGCCACUUUUCAUUGAGGACAAGGAGGGAAGAAGAAAUCUAGUUGGUAUUGUCAGUGGACGUCUGUCUUGUUGUGGAACUGCCCCAGAAUGGUACACCAGUAUUAAGUACAACAGAGAUUGGGUGUCAUGUAUUCUGGACAACGCUCCUGCACUACACUUCAACAAGGCUAAAGUUGAGGCAGCAUGUGAAAGCGCUGGUAUCAGGAAAGGAAAGGUCAAAAACAGCAUCUGCAAGGGGAAGAGCCGAGUUUAUUAACUAUUUUAACAACAUGUACAUUUACAAAAGUGCCCAAUUUGAGAACUCCAUGACACAAGUUUGGAAAAAAAAAAUUAUUUGUUUCUAUGAUAGACCAUUAUAAACUGUUCGAAUACUAAUUUUCAUCAAAUAAAGCAUCUUUAUAUCCUU